AUGGAUCUAUCUAAUGUAACUGCCUUUCGUGUCUCACAUUUUAGUAUAGAAGGAUUUCCAGGACUUCAGGAUUGGCCAUCACGAUUAAUCAUUUUUGGUGUCUUCCUCUUUGCAUACACUGCAGCAUUGCUAGAAAACAUUAUGUUCAUAGUUGCUAUCAAGAUGGACCGUGAACUCCAUUCACCAAUGUACUUCUUUAUCUGCCAUCUAGCUAUAGUAGACAUUCUCCUUCCUUCUGUUACCAUCCCAGAGAUGUUGUACUAUCUAGCAUCAGAUGACAAAAUUGUCAGCUUUGGAUCCUGCCUCCUUCAAAUGGCUUUUUAUGUCAUAGUUACUAUGACAGAAAUUGGCAUUUUGACUGUGAUGGCAUAUGAUCGCUACCUGGCCAUAUGCAAUCCACUCCAUUACCCAAACAUCAUGACAGAGAAUUAUGCUGUUAGACUUACUGUUCUGUGUUGGAUGCCUGGCAUUUGUCUUGCAGUGUUGUGUGGUAGCUUUGUAGUGGUUGUAACAUUCUGUGGGCCAAAUAAAGUUCUUGAUUACUUCUGUCAGUAUUCAUCAAUAAUAUCGCUGGCUUGUGGAGAUGUUCGUUUACAUUCCCUUCUCUCCCUAGCCUUAGCACUGCUGACAAUGGCAGUAAUGAUAUGUUUCAUCAUAUUUUCCUACAUAAAAAUCCUGAUAACUGUAUUUAAAGUGGCAUCUGCCGAGGGGCGACGAAAAGCGUUUUCUACUUGUGCUGGUCACCUUUUAGUCUUUGCUGUAUUCAUAACAGUGCUGCUUUUUGUUCUAAUAUCCUACAGGGUACCCAGGUUCUCUGCUGACUCUCGGACUUUGGCUGCUGUUGUACAAAAUAUUCUACCUCCACUUGCUAAUCCUAUCAUUUAUUGUUUGAGAACCAAGGAGAUCCGAGCCAGUUUUGUCAAAGUCAUGAACAGAAAUGUAUUUGCAGUAUGA